AUGGUGAACAGCUUCUCGAUAAGCAGCGUCUACGACUUCCCGUUCAACUUGUGUGCCAGGGCCUUCUUCCUUCGCUACCCAAACCCAUUCGCGGGCCAUAUCGUCAGUGUGGAUGUGCUCAGGCGGGCAGUGGCACCCGACAACACGCUGCACAGCACACGCCUCAUCCUCAAACGCGGCCAGCUGCCCAAAUGGCUGCCGAAGAACCUCGUCGAGCGGGCAGAGAGCUGGGUGGUGGAGGAGAGUCGCGUGGAUGCCGUGGGGGAGACGCUCGAGUGCAAGUCGUAUAACAUCGAUCACGUUAAGCUGAUGCGCUUGGUGGAGGAUGCGCGCUUUAGCGGGUGCAACAACAACUCACAGACAGAACACUACACUCACGCUACUGUUAUAAGUAACAUCGGCAAAUCUACCUCCUCGUGGAUGGAUAUCGGCGUGCAUGUUAUGCGCUCACGGAUCGAGAAUUACACUAUCAAGCGGUUUCAGAAGGGAUUGCAUAAACAGCGGGCAGGGUAUUUGCAUACGCUAGAGCAGCUCAUAUGA